AUGACGAACGCGAUGCGGAGUAAAGGCUACGGUUUCAUCUACUACCGCGAUGGGGCGAGUACGGAGGCGGCGAUUAAGGAGCUCAAUGGGCGGGAGGUCCUUGGGCGGCGGAUUAAGGUUCGCUACGCCGGGCAACAGCGUCCGGUGGAUGAUCUCCUCGAGGACGACCCCGUCAAAGGGGCUGAGGAGGAGGACUUCAGCUAUUAUUUCUCCAUGCCCCAUCUUCUUACGAUGAUGGAUACGAUUGUCGAUCACGAGGACGAUAGCGUGGGAGGAGAAGGAGGAGGGGUGAUGAACGGUGGGCCUUGCCUGACCGUGCCCCUUUGCGAGGAUUCCGCCGAUCUCGGCUACGUUGGCGCCCCGACCGCCUUCCCGAAGCUCUUCGACGGGGCGGUCGGAUCCUGCACCGGCAACACCAGCUCCCGUUCCCCUUCUUCCGUCUUACCGGACGAGUGA